AUGUUUCUCUCUCUCAAUCAUUGUUUCUCCAUAUCUUUCUUUCUUCAUAUCUAUCAAUCUUUGUUUCUCUAUCUCUUUCUAUCUUUGUUUCUCCAUAUAUGUUUCCUCAUAUCUAUGUAUCUCUCUUUUUCCCCAUAUCUCUCUUUGUUUCUCCAUAUCUAUCUAUCUAUCUAUCUAUCUAUCUAUCUAUCUAUCUAUCUAUCUAUCUAUCUAUCUAUCUAUCUUUGUUUCCACAUAUCUAUCCUGAGAAGUGUUACUGAUCUUGAAGAACCUUUGAAUGAACUUGUUAACUAUGUGACCCUUUCUUCAGCAAACGGAGAUAAAACAAUGGCUCUUCAUAAACUGCAGGCUAAUUAUGACAAGAAGUGUAGACAAUUGGAUAUUGCUCUGCAUCAAUUAGCCAAGUGUUAUACACAGACAGAGAAAUUAUCUAAAGAAAGAAGAAUUCAAAACUGGGAGAGGCUCUUCUUGAGUGCUUUGGGAAAUAAAACUCCUAUUAGACAAUGGAGGUUUCUUGUUCCUCAAAUCAUUGAAAAUGCAGAAAAAGGAAAUGUGCAUUUUUCUGCAUACAUUGACAACCUUAUUAAAGAGAACCAGAUGACAACUUUUACAUCAUCCUCGGAAUACAGCAAGCAUCAUUUAAACAUCGCCAAAUCCAAAGAAAUUCCUCAAGUUUCAUUUACUUGA